CCCAUCAUGCCAUUGACCAAACCUCCACCACCUCCACCUAAACCCGUGUUCGACGACCCUUCGACUCCUCCUGACUUUAACGAAAAGUUCAAGAAGAAGGAAACGACAAAGUACAUGAACCCUUGUGCAUUGGAAGAAAAGGCCAGCAUGAAGUGCCUGGAUAAGAACAAUUACGAUAAACGCAAGUGCGAUUACUACUUUAUGCAAUACAAAGAAUGCAAAAAGAAAUGGCUCGAAGAACGACGACAAUUACGUAAAGCAGGUCAAUUAUAAUAGCAUCUCAUACAAUAUCACCCCCAUUAUUUUCCCAUGAUUGAAAAACGACAUUUCCAAUAAAACCAAC